UGCCGGCGGGCGACUGAACCGACACGCCGCGGCCGAACCCACUCUCACGCGCGUCGCCACCGGCGGCGGGGUCGCGGUUGCGCCGAAGGUUGUGCCGCGGUUCGGUGACUCAUCGCCCCGGUGGAUAGAUGGCCACCGCCUGGCGGCGUCCGCCUCAGUUUUCAGCCGGCUGCCGAGGCACGCGGGCCGUCGCACUCGCUGCCCCCGCCGCGCGCCGCACGUGAGUGACAACUCAGCCGGCCACCCAUCGUGUCCGUCGCGGUCCGUUCGGCGUCCUCCUCGGGCAGUGCGCCGAGAUCUCAGCGUCCGCACCGAGUCGGCCUCAUCCGCCACGGCGCACAUCUGUCCCGUCCGCGGCGUCGCGAGCGCGAGUGUUGGACAGAUGCCACCGGCGGCUGUGUCGAAUCGCCGGCGACAGGGGGCCGCCCCCUGGAGCCGGACUCUGGCGCUGGCGCCGGUCCUGCUCCUGGUGCUGGCGCUGGGCCUGGCGCCGGCCGGCGCCGCGCCGCGCGCCCUGCGCCGCGGCGGCCCGCAUCUGCCGCGCAACACGACGAUGCGUGUGGCGGCGCGGUCGCGACCGCGUCGCGCGCCCUUCAUCACCGACGACGCGCUCAACAAGCUGAUGGCCUACGGCUACCUGCCGCAGUCGGACGUGGAGACGGGCGCGCUGCGCGACGAGUCGCAGCUGACCGACGCCAUCCGCCAGUUCCAGCGGUACGCGCACAUCCCCGAAACGGGCGUGGUGGACGAGCGCACGCGCCGCCAGUUCACCAAGCCGCGCUGCGGCCUGCCGGACGUGGCGCCCGACAAGCGGCGCUACAAGCGCUACUCGCUGCAGGGCCAGACCUGGGGCGACAAGACGGACCUCACGUGGACGGUGGCGUCGCACACGCGCGACCUCGACGCCACCACCGUCUACCACGAGCUGAACAAGGCGCUCAAGGUGUGGUCGGAGGCGUCCGUGCUGACGUUCACGUACGUGCACUCGGCCGACGCCGACAUCGUGGUCAGCUUCCACACCGGCUACCACAAUGACGGCUACCCGUUCGACGGCUCGGGCCAGGUGCUCGCGCACGCCUUCUUCCCCGGCACGGGCCGCGGCGGCGACGCGCACUUCGACGAGGACGAGCUCUGGGUGCUCAACCACGAGGAGGAGAGCAAGGACGGCGUCAGCCUGUUCGCCGUGGCCGUGCACGAGUUCGGCCACUCGCUGGGCCUGUCCCACUCGUCGCGCCAGGACGCGCUCAUGUUCCCCUGGUACCAGAGCGUGUCCGAGGACAUGAAGCUGCCCGACGACGACCGGCUGGGCCUGCAGCAGAUGUACGGCGCGCCGCGCGGCAAGGAGCCCGCGUGGGCACCCAACCCGUACCCGCCGCGUCGGCCGCCGGCGCCGAGCCCGGCCACCACGACCACGGCGCGCCCGCGGCAGCGGCCGCGGCCGCGCACGCGCACGCCCGAGUCGCGACCCGACGCGUGCGACACGCACUACGACGCCAUCAGCGUCAUCCGCGGCGAGACGUUCAUCUUCUCGGGCCGCUACUUCUGGCGCAUCAACCAGUACUCGGGCACGCACAAGCCAGUGGCGGUCAAGAUCUCCGACUUCUGGUACGGCCUGCCGGAGAACCUGACCAAGAUCGACGCCGUGUACCAGCGUCCGCACGACCACCGCAUCGUCAUCUUCACCGGCCGCGACUACUGGGUGUUCAGCAGCAACCAGCCGGAGCCGGGCUACCCGCAGCCGCUGACGACGCUCGGCCUGCCGCACAGCCUCGACGGCAUCGACGCCGCCAUGGUCUGGGGCCACAACGGCAAGACGUACCUUUUCAAGAACGACAUGUACUGGCGCUUCGACGAGGCCACCGGCAAGGUGGAGCUCGACUACCCGCGCGACAUCAGCGUCUGGCACGGCGUGCCCUACUACCUGGACGCCGCCUUCCAGUACGGCGGCAUCACCUACUUCUUCAAAAAGCGUCAGUUCUGGCGCUUCGACGACCGCCUGAUGCGCGUGCGCAGUCGCGUGCCGUCGCUGUCGGCGGUCAAGUGGAUGGGCUGCCCGCUGACGGCGGCGCGCUCCGACAAACUGUCGUCGGGAGCGACGGGCCCGGCGCGCGCCACCGGCGCGCUGUUGUUACUCGCGCUGCUGGCGGCGCGAGACCUCCGCUAGCACCGCGCCCACUGCCAGCCACCCUGUGAAAGGACCCGUUGUGAUAUGUUGUGUUGUAAUUAUUUAACGUGCUGCGCGCGCGACUGAGUGCGACUGAAAGCGACGAGUGAGAAGCCGCCGGCGCGCGCCGAAACAGCGCUAGUGUCGAGGCUACACGCACUGCCCCGGGGCGUCGAUUUUUACGAGUGUUUAGUGAUAGAAUCAAGUCGAGCGGGGAGGAUCCUCAUCUUGAACACGGACCAAAGAGCUGGAGCGGACACAGUUGGAGCUCUUUGAGACGAGUGUCACGCAUCUCUUAGGGGCCCAAGACCGGUCCGACCGCGCCGUGUCAGAAUGCAGAGCUACGCGCGCUUUCUCCAAAGCCUAGUCCAUGUCGCGUGUGGUCGGCGCGCGUUUCCGUUCACUCUCACUCUUUUAUCAUCGGCACAAGCGAUCGCUUUCAUUAUACUCACGCCCGGCCGUAGCUCUUGUGAUGGAACUGAAAUCAAUAAACACGUGUACCUCA